AUUCUAUCUUUAAUUAUAUUGUAACUGUUCGUGGUGUACUUAUAUAUUUUUUUAUAUGUUUUUUCCUCAUUAUUCGAAGCAAUUUGUUGAAUUUUAUGGUAGACAUUGUCGCAGUGAGAUCAGUUCAGUAAAACAUAUUUCGACAUAAGUAUCACCAGUAAAAAUGGAACUUUCCAAGAAUAAUUUCAUGCAGCAGCGGUUUAAUCGACAAAGACAUGAGAUUGAAUCGUUCGUGGUACGCAUUUAUCGACACAAUCUGAUCAAAGACGGUGGUAUCAUCAAGCGAAAGUUGCGAGAGAAAUUGUUCGAGGAAAUCAAGUUGCGUCGGAUUACCCGCAUCAAAAUGGACGAAUUAGGUUGGGUGUUGAUGAAUCAUGAUUUGAUCACGCGUAACGGUCGGUCGCAAAAGGACGUCCAGGAGUCCCAGCAGCAGAAUAAUCAGUUCAAGUUUAACAUGGAGCGACUAAGGGAGCUUCUGGAAAAACAUGAACAGCGAAGUCAUGACGAAUUUAAAGCAAAAAAACAGGUCAAGGAGGAGCUUUCGAAAGAGGCGUUACUUCACAACGAAAAAGUUCUGAAAGAGAUCCAUGAAUUAAUUGAAGCGAAGUGUCCGCUAGCCUCGAUCCAACAUGUGACAACGGUUGAACGAUUGAUGAAGCAUAAUUUUGAACCAUCGUUACGCAACUGUUUCGUAUGCCGCGAAAGUUUUCGAUUUGCGGAAGGGUAUUCCCAGCAUUUUGAUUCGGUCCAUGGGAUGAAUUUUAAAAUCGAGGCGACCGAGGAUUGCUUUAAAACAGGACAGAAGUUCGAAGUUUCGCAUCACUACGACGCACUGAACCCAGUAACGCUGUUUACAAUUCGUAACACUUAUCAUACGGCUUUGCAUGUAGAAUGCAUAUAUUUAUAUCACACUACUAAACAGUUAAUGCCGGUAAACCGGGAUGUUUGGCCAAUCACCAUCAAUCCGGAUGAUACGUACAAAUUCUCUAUCACGAGCGGGAUGUUUCUAGUGACCGGACAUAAUUACACUAUUUUGAUGCAUUUCAAUCGAAUCCUAGAAUAUGUAGAACAGUACCAUUUCCGAGUGUCGAAGGAACCGGUUGAACUGAAGGUCCAGCAUGAUCCAAUCGUACUUGGCAAGCUAGCAGAAUAUCCUCCCCCGCCGGAGCUGGCUGCAGUUUAUAAAAACAACUUUCAAUUAGUGGAUACAUACUUGCCGAAGGAACGCAAAUUUUGUGAACAAAUCCAAUCCUAUCUACAAGCCGAUAAAGAAAACCGCCUUAACUCAAGUAACUACGUACAGAUGUUACAAAUUAUGAACAAUAUUGAAGACUACAACGUGCAAUAUGAGCUUUCCCGCUAUGACAUGAGCAACGUUUUGUUGGCAUAUGGAGGACAAAAACGAUUCUACAGUCUACAACUUAAUCAGUUCAGCAUUGCUCCCAGAUCGCUCGUGGAAGGGGAUUACGUAGAACUGUCUUACACACGACCCAAUAAGUCGCUGAAAACAGUAGUUGGAGUUAUUUCUCAAAUUUGUGCUAAUAAGGUGCUGUUCGAAACGGAGGAACCACUCAAGAACGACAUAAAAUGGUGCAUGAAAUUCAACCCAAACCGUACUCCCAUUCGGAUGGAAUAUCAAGCCCUGGAAAUUAUCAAACGGCACGAAUUGAGUUCGUUUUUCUUUCCAUCUAGACCAGCACCCAAAUUUUCGCAGUUUACCAGGGAACAAUUUGAAUGGUUCAACGAGAAUAUCCAAUCCAACGAGGAGCAACAGACUGCUGUUGUAAACAUCAUUAACGAAACUGCUCGACCCGCUCCGUAUAUUUUGUUUGGUCCUCCUGGUACGGGUAAAACCUCGACGCUUGUUGAGGCGAUUGCUCAAAUUUGGAAGCUUAAACCGGACGUCUUUGUACUUGUGACAGCUUCCUCAAAUUUCGCCUGCAAUGAACUAACCGAACGGUUGCUACGUUUUAUUCCUAAGGGUGAUAUUUUUAGAUUCUUCUCUAAACACGCGGAGCGCUUGAUGGCCGACAUGAGCUACGAAUUGAUCGAGUGUUCCAAUCUUAACACAGGAUCAUAUAGACUACCUUCGAAGACAGAGUUGUACAAUAAGCGAAUUGUGAUUAGUACUUUAACAUCGGCUGGAAAAUUAGUUCAGGCCAAAAUUAAACCAGGACAUUUUGGUUAUGUAUUCAUUGAUGAGUGCGGAAGUGCGACGGAGGCUUCUGCACUGAUUCCAAUCGCCGGUGUGAUCACAACCAAAGAAACUGUUAGUGGUUCCAUCGUUCUGUCGGGUGAUCCUUUGCAGUUGGGUCCGAUCACACGUUCAGAGUUUGCUGGCGAAAUGGGUUUAAAAAUUUCAAUGCUGGAACGUCUUAUGGCACUUGAUAUAUACAAGAAAGACCCCCAAUCGAACGUCUACAAUUCUUCUUUAAUUACUAAACUUUUGAACAAUUAUCGUUCUCAUGAAGCUAUACUUCACUUUUCGAACAAAAUGUUCUACCAGAACGAACUGAAACCUAAUGCGACAUCCCAAAAUACUGAUUGGGCCUUGAAUUGGUCAGAGCUACCGUCGGCCACGCUUCCUAUCAUUUUCGAGUCGACCAUGGGUAAAUUGGACCGUGAGCAAAACUCCACCAGCUACUUCAACCGAAAGGAGAUCGAACUAGUUGAUUUUUACUUGGCUAAAAUGCUUGCCAACAGAGUAAAUGAUCGUGUCGUGACACAGAAGGACAUCGGCAUCGUUAGUCCGUACAAAAAGCAGUGCAUAAAGUUGAAGCAGAUGUGUCAACGGCACGGUUGGAACGAAAUAGAUGUUGGAUCGGUGGAAGCAUUUCAGGGUCGGGAGAAGCCUGUUAUGAUACUGACAACGGUGCGAUCUGGAACGAGUGGGGUGGGCUUCUUAAGCAACGUUAAGCGUCUCAAUGUUGCACUAACUAGGGCGAAGGCGCUUAUGAUUGUAAUUGGCAAUCCGGAAACACUGCAGCAGGACCCCAAUUGGUACGAAUUUAUUCGCUAUUGCUACCACCAGAACGCAAUCCGUGGGGUGAAGUUCGAGCUUGACGAAGAGCGCCACGCGGUUUGUGAGGUCGCCGCUAAGGACGACUAUUUAGUUCAGAUUCAGCAGAAACUGGAUACGAUUAUUAGGGAUAUGAGCAAAAUUAAGAUGUAAGUUUGAUACCAGUUGGUGCUGUAAUCAGUUUUUUAAUGUUAAUUUUCGU